AGAUGUUAAUGGUUGGUUGGAAGAUAAUCGUAGAAUUUUUCGUGUUAUUUUAAGUUGGUGCCCGGUUUAUCUGAAAGAAUAACAAUAAAUUAAUCUCGUUAAAAUAAGUAAUGUGUUAGAGAGAGUGUUGUUUAGUUAGUAUCGCUAGUGGAGUAGUGAAUAGUGUAUUAGUUAAAAUGGCGAUUUGAAGAGCAAUGGUGGACAUAUGAAAUUUAGUGAUUUUGGUUGAGACAGAAUGGAAGACAACACGCUAAAUCAUCAAAACGGAGGACAAAUGGGGCCCCAGGGCGGAUCGAUGCCCAGCAACAAACAAAUCGAGGAGCAAAAUCCCAAAGCCCAGUAUUCCAUUCCUGGAAUACUACACUUUAUACAACAUGAAUGGGCUAGGUUCGAAUUAGAAAGAUCACAAUGGGAAGUCGAUAGGGCAGAAUUGCAAGCCCGCAUAGCCUUCCUGCAGGGCGAACGCAAAGGCCAGGAGAACCUCAAGAACGACCUGGUGCGCAGAAUCAAGAUGCUCGAGUACGCGCUGAAGCAGGAGCGCGGCAAGUUCCACAAGCUGAAGUACGGCACUGAUCUGCAGCAGGGCGACAUGAAGCCGCCCGUCAUCGACGAAGGCUUCGAUUCGCAGCUCGACACCGACCAGUCGUACGUGUCGGUGCCGAACUCGACGUGGAAGCAGGGCCGGCAGCUGCUGCGGCAGUACCUGCAGGAGAUCGGCUACACCGACCGCAUCAUCGACGUCAGGUCGACCCGCGUCAGGGCGCUGCUCGGCCUCAACAACAACAACGCCGAGCAGGAGGAGAACCUGAACGGCGGCGGCGGCGGCGUCAACGGGAACGACAGCAACAAGCGCGCCAGCGACACGCAAGGCCGAAGAACGCCGAACAAAAAGACGCCCGGCUCCCUUGCCGAGGCGAUGAUGCUCGACACCGAGGCGUCCGUCAUGGCCAACUUGGACUUUCUGUCCAACGCCGACGUCGACAUGGACGACGACGACGACAUGAGCGACGAAGUCGACCUAGAGGGCGCCGACGAUAUCGAAGACGAGGUCAAGGUCUCCUCCAAACACAACAAAGAAAAAAACGAUAAUAAUUUAGGUUUAGGAGACGACGUGGACGCCAUUGCUUUGGAGGUUUUCAACGAGCUAAACCGGCUCUCUGAAACCGAGAAAAAGCAGGACAUAAAAACCGAACAGGGCGACUGGAACAAGGGUUUGAACGACGACGAGAACAUCGACUCGUCGCUCGGGCUCGGCGAGCUCGCGCAGCUGACGGUGAACAACGACGCCGAGACCACUUACGACAUAGCCAGCAGCAAGGAGGCGUUUCGCAAGACGUGGAACGCCAAGUACACGCUGAGAAGCCACUUCGACGGCGUGAGGGCGCUGGCUUUCCACCCGAACGAGCCGGUGCUCAUCACCGCCAGCGAGGAUCACACCUUGAAGCUGUGGAAUCUGCAGAAAACCGUGCCGGCCAAGAAGAGCGCCUCUCUGGACGUUGAGCCGUUGUACACUUUCAGGUGUCAUGCCGGUCCGGUGCUUUGCCUGGCCAUUUCCGGUUCCGGCGAGCACUGCUACUCGGGCGGCCUAGACGGCGCCAUCAAUUGCUGGAACAUACCGAACUCGAACAUCGAUCCGUACGAUUUGUUCGAGCCCGACAUUUUGAGCAGCACCCUUCAGGGACAUUCGGACGCCGUUUGGGGGCUGUCGGUGUUGAACAGCCGGCAACAUCUGCUUUCCUGUUCGGCGGACGGCAGCGUCAAGUUGUGGGCCCCACACAGCAAGGUUCAGUUCUUGAACACGUUCACCUCGGAGCAGGACGGCGUGCCGUCGAGCGUCGACUUCACGCGCGACGAGACGAACCGAGUGGUCGCGUCGUACGCGUCGUCGCACUGCGUCAUCUUCGACACGGAAACGGCCAAGCCGGUGAUGCGGCUCGAGUCCGGCCAGGAGACGGCCAACGUCAACGCCAAGCAGAUCAACAAGAUCGUCUGCCAUCCGACGUUGCCGCUGACGAUCACGGCGCACGAGGAUCGGCACAUCCGCUUCUGGGACAACAACACCGGCAAGAUGGUGCACUCGAUGGUCGCGCACCUCGAGGCGGUCACCAGCCUGGCCGUCGAUCCCAACGGGCUCUACUUGCUCUCCGGCUCUCACGACUGUUCCAUACGGCUGUGGCACCUCGACAACAAAACGUGCGUGCAAGAGAUCACCGCGCACCGCAAGAAGUUCGACGAGAGCAUCCUGGACGUGGCCUUCCAUCCGACCAGGCCGUACAUAGCGAGCGCGGGCGCUGACGGCCUCGCCAAAGUGUUCGUGUAAGCGCACUAAGCACUGCCCCACGAAAAACCGACAUCCGUAUCGCGCGUUACGAUCCGACGCGCUUCAGCGCGCAACUUUUUUGCUUCCAUGCGGGCGCAUCCGGAAGGAGAUUUUGUUUUUCUGGCUCACCAUCGCCAUUUUCAAUGUAUUUCGACGAUUUUUCUCGAACCCAGUGAAACAAUAAAUAAUCAAACAAAAAAGUUACGUGGACUUGGAUUUUGUGAAAAAGUGUAAUUUAAUAAUUAAAAAAAUGGUAAAAUUGCGUGCGUAACGCAGCAGAGGAUCCACGAUGUCAUGUUUUAAGAAUAAAAUGAGAAAAUUAAGGUUUGUAUGUGUUUCAAUCGUUCGCAUUAUAAAAAGUGACGUCAGGCCUAAACAUAGUGACUGGACUCACA